AUGUCUACUUCUCAAGACCGCGAUUACCUCACCUCCCUUCCCACCGAGCUCCUGGCCAAGGUCAUCGCCGAGGUCCCCAUCUCGUCAUACCUCGACAUCACGCACACGUCACGAAUCCUUCGAGAUUUCAUCAAGACCAACGCCGCCCGCCCUUGCAACGAGAUUAUCCGGUCUCAACAUUCCGUAGCUGCUGAAUACCUCAAGUCUGAGAUGGUGGAUGGUUGGCUGCUUCCUACAAUGGAAGAGCUUGAAUCGGAGGAAGUCAGCUACAUGCAGAGAACUUACUCUUAUCUGCGAUGGCUUGAAGAAAAGGGCCGCAUGGUCCAACGUCACGGUCUUCUCGGCCAAAUCCCCUUUCCUGGAUGUGCCGAGAACUGGGAAACUUGCAUCAGAAUUACUGAUCCAGGUCCACAAUACGUCCACUUUCUUGAAAGCCAGAUCUUGCAACUUUGUGGUGGGAAUCACAAGGCCGGUGCACCCUGUCUGUCCUGCAUGAAACUAUUUAGGGUAGGGAAAGGGGAUAUGGGAAUCAAGCUCUAUUUACGUGAUUUUCCGGCGUUUAUGAACAAGUUUAAUCAUUUCUUUGGGAAGGUCAUGGAUGAAAGAUUGUCGAGAAGAAAGAGGAUUGCAACUGCAACCAAGGUACCAAGAGGGAUCAUGUGGUACUACGGCGUGGACAAACUGAUGAUUUACAACAAGGGAGAGGCUCAGUGCUUCAUGUGGGAAGCAUGA